ACAAAAGGGGGGGCUUGCUUUGCUGCAAUGCAAGACUGGAGAAGUGUGGGGAAGGGAAUGCAGUAGUCCUGGUCCAUCUGACAAUGCUGGCUGGCUGUCUGUCGCAGUAGCAGUAGUAGUAGUGCUCUGGAGGCUGCCACCGGUUUUGCAGACUUGAGGGAAGCUGGAACUGGGGCUCAUCGCCUGCUCAGAGCUGUUGCUGCUUCUGCUGCUGCAACCUUUGGGAGAGAGAGAAAGAGAGAGACUGACUGUUGAGGUUACUGGCCAUAGAUCUAUGAUGAGGAAGAGGAUCCUGUAGUUUUUUACUUUCUUAAUUUUCUUCCUUUUUUCUUCUUCUCUCUUUCCCCCCUUCUUUGCUGAGGAACUCUGAAGCUCACGCUUGGCAUUUAUAGCUAGUCGGUCAGUUUUUGUACCAUCGCCACAUUGUUGGGUGCAUGGCCCACGGCAGAAGAUCAUUGUAAGUGUGGCCAUGGUGGAGGGCAUAGUGGAUGGUUACACUGCCUGCGCCCCCAGGUUGUGAGCUGAGCGCCGUAUCGCUAGAUCACUUCCAGCCUUGUAGCAUGCGGGAGAGCUCGCUGUGGGUAUGGCGCGUUCGCAUUCCUUAGAGCCUGCUGUAUGUUUCCACGUGGAGGUUGUGGUGUGUUAGAGCGCUAGGGAUUGAUCCUAUUGUUGAUUUCCUUCGAAAUCUCCUUCUUGCAAGAAGCCGAGGCUCAGUUUUUUCUCGUCAUGUAUGGCUUUCGAACAGGGUUGGGUUUUGAGGUCGGCGAGCAUUUUCUUGAAGAUAUUUCGUAUUUUCUUGCAGUGUAUGGUGGUAGCACUGCACAGUCCUGUCUCACUUCGAGGCCGAGCUGCUGUAGCCAGAAUGGUAACUGAGUUGAUGCACUCCUGCUGAAGGCUUGAAGGUUAUGUCACUAAAAAAGAAAAAAAAGAAAAAAAAAAAGAUGUGCUAGCCUCCUGGUUUUCCCGUGUGUAGGAAGCCUAGUUUUUUCCCUCAGACAGGAAAAAAAGAUGGAAGAGUUUUUCUCUCACAUGCAAAUCUAGACUGAAAGCCGCCUGAACGCAGUAGGGACAAACUUGAUGUUUUCAAGCAUCGGCAUUGUGGCAAGAACAUCAAAAUAUCCUAAUGCUGCAGCACAAGAGUUACUACUGCAGACUUAGUUUUCUCCACAUGCGAGAAUGGUCGCCUUUGUGUUGAUACAGACUCCUGAUCUUGAGAAACAGAUAUGUCCCGAAAUAGAUCUGUCGUUAUAAACUCUCUCCACCAAUGUUAGUACCUUCGAGUAUCUCCUUUUGCAGGCCACACAGGGUGUAAGUAUUUAUUCGACACGAAAGUGUGCUAAGUGACACAUAAAGAUGGGGAGUCCUUCUCCUGGCGCCACCAAGUUACUGAAGAAGGAAACCUCCACAAUGAUGGCUGUUCCACACCGGCGAUCUCCAUCAGUGACAUCAAGCUGCAUCUCUUUGGAGAUAGGAGACCAAGAUGUACAAUCCCCGGCCAAAAGCAACGGGUUAGGGAAGUCUUCCGUGACCACAACUUCUUCUCCCCGGACUCCAGCUGGUGUUCCUACAGAAAAAUCUAUCUCACCUGCUGCGAAGAAGAAGCGGAGGUCUUCAAUUGGUGGAGCAGACGACAUAGCUAGAGGUCUUGACUUUAGCCCCACCGCCUCAUCAGUGGAAGAAAAAAAACACGCGUUUCUCGCAAAAGGAGGUGGCAUCAGGAAGUCUGCUACACAGACGAAUUCACUCGUGAAAAAAACGAUUACGACUUCACCGGGAAAAGAGAAGCUUGUAGGGAGUGCAAUGUCAGCGUCCGUUCUAUCUCCAAGGAAGUUCAGUGAUGCAAGUAAGAAAGAGAUGAUCAGUCCUCGGGGGUCUGGGUUAGCAUCAGAAGGAGUAAAUAUAAGUGGAAUCUCAAAUUCAAAUAGUGAGUUGGGGGCUAAUGGGGGGAGUGACCUUGUUGCUGAGGAAGUGACAUCUAAGAAAUCCUCGCCUAGGGGGUCACUGGAUGGCAAAAUAAAGAAGUCUUCCCCUGCACGCCCAUCCUUGAAACAUAGGUCUGAUUCAGCAUCCACAAAGGGGAGAGCAAAUUCGAAUGCUGAUCAAGUAGCCGGUGAUUCACCUGGUACCACACCAGGUGAGGUAGCCAAAUCUGAAAAAUCCUUUCUUAGAUCUUCACUAGAUGGAAAGAUGAGAAAAUCCACUCCAAGCCCCUCUUCAAAACCAAAGUCUGACUUGACAUCCUCAAAAGGGUCGAAAGUGAAAAGAAAUCUUCAAGAUAUUCCUUCAACACAGCCUGGUCGAGUAAGAAAACAAGCUGAAAAAGCUGUUCGCAAAGAGGAAUUGUCAAAGCCAGAGGUGCAAUCUGUCAAAGUGCCAUUUUACUCCGAAAAUGAAUGUCAAAAUGCGGCAAAACCCGAGAACAUUUCUGACACUUCGCAAUUGGUACCAGCUCCAUUGCUGCAUAGCGAGGCUAAUGAAGAUAGUGGUUCAAGACUACUAGAUGGGAACGUUGGGGACGAAGACAUUAACUCCUUGGACCAUCCAGGCGGUGAACCAGAUUUUGACAACGAUAAUGAGUUGCAUACAUCUUGGCUCUUAGAGGACCUGCCUUGUACCUUUUCUUCCCUGUCACACUUGCCCGAGCCUGAUGACUCGGGUUCAAGCCUCUUGAAUGAUCCUCCAGAGGUCCUGAGUGAGCCAUUCUUGAGAGAAGCAGUAAGUAAUCAGAAGCCCUCUGACGAAAGCCUUCCUGCAAUUCAAAUUGAUAUUACUGCUGAGAUGCCCCCAGGCAUUUCAGCUUCAUCUGCGGGAAGUCCUAUUAUUACCCUGGUUAGCGAUCCUCUCAUUGAGGAUCAUUGUCCCAGAGAGUAUUCCGGAAGGAUUGAUAAGCCACGAGGGGACUCCGAGUCCAGUACCCUUCACAUGGAUGAAGACCAAGUAAAAGACCCAUUUGAAGCCGAGCUUCGUCCACAGAUAGAUGUCUUUGCACAUGAGCAUGAGUUGGAGCAAGCUUCGGUUCCACCGCCUGUCGAAGAAUAUGUGGACGUGCCUAUGACGUUGCUUACUCAUGAGAGCGAAAUAAUGACCUACAAAUUCAUGGCUGAUCUUGAGGACAUUUCAAGUUCUACAAGCGACAAUGAGGAUUCGUUCGGCUCCGAGUGUGUUGCUCAUGAAGCACCCUUUAAUAAUGUUCAGGUGACCGACAACCUUCCCACUGUUUCAGCAGUGGCAGGAGAGGGUAAUUUAAACAUUUUGUUAUCGGCUGGUGAAGGAUGCCCUGAGCAACCUGUUUUACACCAGAUUACUGAAGAUUUCACAUCCGAAGAUUGCCAGAUGGCGCUCAAGUCCUUGGAAGAUGAAGAAAUUUAUCAAUUGAAUGAGUCUCCUACUCCCAUAAACAUGAGUGCGUCUGAUUCCAGGCCUGCUAGUCAACAGGACAAGUUAGAAAAGGACGAAGUAUCAACCAUUUGUAGCACUCCAAGUAUGUAUGAUAUUGAAUCAAGUGAUGACGAGUACUUGGAAGAAAUCAUUGAAGAUGCGCAACUCAAUCUGAAGCAGAGCUUUGAUGAUGUUGCAGAGCCCCUAGAAGAAUCCAAGUCUGAGGUGGAUGAUGUCUGUGUUCCUAAUCCUUUUAAAAUUCCUACCAAUACACCAGCCACUGUAGAUGCAAAGAAGGAUACUUCUGGAACUACUUCGAACGGUAUGACUGACUCUCGAGAUCUUGCCUCACAUGUAGAAGAUCAAAUUCUUCCAGAUCUCUCCUAUUUGUCAGAGUCAACCUUAGUUGCAGAGGAAUCCCUUGAUGUUCAGGUAUAUGGAACAUCAACACCGACCGAUCUGGAUCAAGAUACGAAGACCUUGAAAGAGUUCUGGGCUCAGACUGUUACGGACGAAUCCUCUAAAACAGAAGCAGGUCAAAAUGAUGCAGAAGAUCUACAGCUAAAUAAUAUGAGUCAAACUCAACUUAUGAACGAGGGGCUAGUCGAGACAGAGAAAUCUUCAACUCCCAUUGAGAUGCCUGUGUCCAUCUUCCCUAUUGUUGAUAAUCUGAAGUUGACCGCAGGGGAUUCUAUCGAAUCAGAGCCUUCUGGUCAACCAAGUCCACACUUGUGUGUUAGCAAAGAGGAAAUAAUGGACGUUUUGAAGGAAAGAGGAUCCCUCAGAGAAUCCGAAUCACUAGCUAGCUCAUCAUAUCCAGACUCCUUAGUGUCAUUACCCGAUUUGGAAAACUAUCAGUCCGACAUAGUUAGUGUCGGGCAGGAAGAAGCUUCGCCCUUGGAAUCUGCUGAAGUGGUUAAUCUCGUAGAAGGAGUGGAAGACAUGAGAAAAUCAACUGUAAUGGGUAACAGUUUGAGUUUAAACUCGAGCUCGUCCCAGUUACCAGAGUAUAUUCAGCACCAAAAGCCACUCAAUCCUGUUCUUUCGCAUUACCUCAAUGAGACAAGUCUUAGAACUAAUUCAAGCGAAUCUGACGCCGGUCCCGAAAUGGUGACCACAUUACCGAAGAGUACAGAAUAUGUCCAUGUAGUAGAGACUAGACAGGAAGAAACCUCGGUGCGAGAAGAACCUACCUCAGCCAUUUCUGCUUUGUCCUCACCCGUCACAGUUGGGGCCAAGCCGAGUUUGGGCGAUUCCAAUGCUAGAGUUGUUGAGGGUUCCAUCGACCAAGUGGCAACCCUUCAGGACUUUUAUUCCGCACCAUCAUUGAUUGCGAUUAGUAAACGUCCCCUCGAUGAUCAUUUCUACAAACCUUUAGAUGACGGUGGAUCCUUCGAUGUCGACAGCGUAACAUCUGAAAUACCCCAACAGGAUCCACGUUUUGCUUCCACUAUGCAAGAUGCGCCUCUGGAGAACAUUGAAAUUUCUUUUGAGCUAGAUGCCAACCUGAAGGUUGAGAAUGGUGAAGAUUUGAAUCCAGGCAUGGAUAUUCCGUGUAUGCUGCAAGAGUUAGAAGUUUAUGGUGGUAGUUCAAAAACUACAGGUGCUGGAGAUGUAGACUUGGAAACUCAAAUUGACCAUUCUAAAGAAGUGAUUCUGGAGGAAGGCUUACUUGAGACUUGCAACCAUCGCUCUUCGAAUGGUGAUUUUGAAGAAGCUGGAAAAGCUGAAGGUUCUGACGAUCAUGACUUGGAAAUUUCUUCCGAGUUGGUAUGGGUGAACAGUGCCCAGGACAGUCUCGUUUCUAGCCAAAUUAAUGCAAGUGAUAGUGGAGUCAUGAAGUUGGUUGAUCCAUUAGAAUCAACUGCUCUGAAAAUUCUAUUGCCACCUUGUAUGAGUGAGGAAGAGUCUACUACGGAGGACAAUGCCGUCCUCAGUUUAUCCAAAAAGGAGGAAUCAUACAAUGGAGCGAGAGAGGAUGUAGGUCAUGUUGAAAAUGCGUCUAGUCUUAUUGAAAGGCAAGAAAUGAUUGAAAAUUCAGUUGUUGAUCAUGAAUUGCAAAGAAAUCUCGGCCAGGAAGUACCGCAAGUAGAUCUCUUGGAUGCAAUUAAGCAGGACGAGUUUUCUGGCUAUAUAUCUGAAGAUGAUAGCAUGAGCAAUUCGAUAGAUGAAUUUGCAGAAUCAACUGCGCUCUCAUGUCCAGUUGCAGCGGAAAAUGGCGCUGUGGCCACUCUCACUGACAUAGCGUCGUUGGCAGAGAUUGGACACAACGCAAUCAGUAUUGCAUCAGGACCAACUUUGCUGUGUCUUGAGGAAUUGCCUAACAAGUCUCUCCGUGAGGUUGGUGAGUUAGAUACACUUGAUGUUGAGUGCAAUGUAGAGGAGGACAAAUCUUCGAAUGGAGUGAGGAUUGUUAAUUUUGAAGAGAUGAGCAGAGAAGAGCAAGUUUUGGAAGAAUUGCUGCCAGCAACUGAGAAGGGUGGGUCGAAGUCGAUUAUUGAAGACGAAAGGGAUCUCGUCAGUGAAGAACCCAUGAUUGUCAAUGCAAGCGAUUCAGUUGAAGAUGAUGAAAAUGGCAGCGUCGAAGAUCCUCCUAAGAUUGAUGUGGAAAAAAUUGAAGAGACAACCAGCAGUUUUUCAAUCACUGCUUCUACAGUUAGUAACGCAACAGACAAACAUAGCCAAGUCUUACAGGAGAACCAUCUCAGUGCUGGAACAUCUACUUCUAUUGACGACUGUGACUCGAAAACAGAACUCGAUCCUGAAGCGGAGAAAGUUUUGAUGGCCCCCUUUGAUGCUGCUUAUGAUGAAAUUUUUUCAGAUGUUGCCUCAGAUGAUGGUACCAUUACAGACGAGGAAAGCAUCACAGUUUUUGCAGAAAAUAGCAGUGUACAAGAUGUGCCCUUGAAGCUGUCGGUUGUGUCCGACCCAGACAUCUCGAAUGCAGCGAUUGUAGAAGUUGGCGUUGAAGAGUCAGAAUUUGCUUGGCAGGCAGAGAAUGAAGAGCAAAGCUCAUAUAGAACUCUAGAGGAGAAAUAUCCGUUCGGAAAUGAGAUCGUCUUUGACAGCCUCGAGGAGUCAUUCGUUGCAUCCGGCCAUAAUUCAAAAUGGACAAUUGUUGAUGAUAGAGAGGAGCAGUCCACAUUAUCCAGGACAGCUGACAAGGAGGAGGAUAUCUCAAAGAGUGGCCUUGAGAAAAAGGCAGUGCUCGAGAAUGAAGAGACAGUAGUGCAUAUUUCCAAAAACUCAGUUGAAGUUCCUUACCAGGCUGAUACCCAUAAUACUAUAAGUUUUAGGGCUGACGACGUACUGAAUCACUCAAAUACUCCAUGCGAAGUUAAGGCUGAAGACGACGAGGUUAGCCUAAACGAAAGUUCGAAGUUGAAGGAAAGUGCCUUGCUCGAUGAAGAUGACCUCGUGAUUAACAGUACCGAGGAGCUGGUUGAUGUCGUAAUUGAACACACAUCAGACACUAUAAAUCACUCGAAUUUUUCAUGGAAAGCUGAUGCAGAAAGGGACGGUUUAGAUGACAGUCUGGAGAAGGAUCUUCCACUCAAAGAUGAGAAAACGUUUGUGGACAGCACCACGAACUCCUUGGUUAAUUCUGCAGGUCUGAACAAUGCAACAAGUGUUGAAGAGAUGGAAAAACUCUCAGAUUUUUCCUUGGAUAUGUUUGACAAAGAUGGAAGUAACUCGCAUCAAAUAUUGGAGGAAGUGUACUUGCUGGAGGACGAGAACACAAUCCUAGAUAGUCCCAAGAAGUUGCUGACUGUUUCUGGCGAUAACUCAAAAUGGCUAGAAGGUGAGAUUCAGGUACUGUCACAAUUUUCCGGGCAAACUGAAAUGGAAAGAGGAAUUUUAACUGGAAAAUUGGAAGAGCCCGCCCUUGAAGGUGAAGACUUGAUGGUGUAUAGCCCCCAGAUCCCGUUCGAUGCUACAGUCCAAGGUACCCCAGUCACAACCAAUUUGAGGUGCACCGAAGUUGAGAAUGAUACGAAUGUUUCAUCGCAAGCAGAAAAGGAAGUGGAGAACUUAAGCGAGGAUGUCGAAGGGGAGCUCUUGCUAGAGGAUGAGGACACGGUGGUGUACAGGAGUAGCGAAAACACCCCUUACCCUGGACUUGUGAGUGCCGAAAAGAUGGAGAAACAACUAGUUUCUUUCGAGAAGGCUACAAAGGACGAGAGUUCCAAUGAGAGUACAAUGGAAGAACGCAGGCUGGAGGUAAAGGAGACGACGGUGAACAGCCCAAUCGAUCAGUCAUCUGUUGUUCCUGAACCAAACAUUGAACACGCAGCUUCUUCGGAUUUUGACGUUGUGAAGGAACACGGAGCGUUGAAGGAUGUCGGGAAAGGAGAGUGCAUAAACGAAAAUUUGGAGGAAAUUUCCGUGCUCGAUGCGACGGAGACAAUGGUUGACAGCGCAAUUGAGUGUUCGCAGGUGGACACUGCAAACGCAGUGCGUCUAAAUGUUGAAGAGGCGGAAGAGACAAGGAUGGACAACACAAUUGAGUAUUCACAGGUGGACACUGCAAACGCAAUGCAUCUAAAUGUUGCUGAAGCGGAAGAGACGAGGGUGGACAACGCAAUUGAGUGUUCGCAGGUGGACACUACAAAGGCAGCGAUUUUACAUGUUGACAACGCGGAGGACACAAUGGUGGACAGUGCAAUGAGAUGUUCGCAGAUAGACACUGCAAACGCCUCUCUUAUAAAUGUUGAUAAGGUAGAGACAAUGGUGGACAGAGAAAUUGGGAGCUCGCAGUUGGACACUGCAAACCCAGCGAUUCUACCUGUUGACGAGACGAAGGAGAAGCCAAUUCAGAAAAUUGACGAGGAUGGAGAGAGCUUGCAUGGAAAUUCUAAGGAAGAAAUCAUUCACGAGGAUGAGGGGAUGGUAGUAAACAACUCAAGUGCCAACGGGGACAACACUGUUCCGGUUGUCAUUCCUAAUGGCGCAAUACAUAAUUGCACAAAGGAUGUGGAGGAGGAUUUUGAGAAUUUCCCAAAGCUUGACUGCGAAGCUUCGGCACCUCAUGAAAGUGUACUUGAAAAUCGAACUGAGGAUGCAGGCAUGGCUGAAAAUUCCUCGGUUGUGGGGACAAAUGAUAAAGACGAAGAUUCUGAUGAACAAAAAUGUAGCAAAACUGGUAAGAUAGAGGAUAGCGCUACCCCUGAGAUCAUCACAAAUGGCGAACAUUUGAAGGAAAAUGGCGGUUAUCACUCUGAUUGCCUCCAUGAAACUUCUUCUAAACCUGAGACACUCUUACUUGUGGAGAAUACGAGUACAACUUCGGAACUCAUGCAAGAUGCUGCGAGUACAUCACAAGCUACUCAUGAAGAGGAAGAAAUACAUAGCCAGGAGGCUAAACUGUAUCCUCUUCUCCCGUUUUCAGGCUCUCAACAGGAUCGCCUCUGGGAAGAACAAGCUGAAGCAUAUUCAAGUGGAGGACGAGGAACCCCGAUUCGAAACGAGGACGCCGCUCAAUCCGCUGCGUCCAGCUCCCCCUCUCCUCCUGGUGAGCCUACCUCUUCCGACGAUCAGAUCCAACCAGCUGCAGGACCAAUCCAUAAUGGUCACGGUGUGGUGAGCACUGCAAAUGAAUCAGGGGAGGAUGACAGCCCACACGAGCCAAAUGGGAACGUCAAAGGUAAGCUUCAUACGCCGUUACGGAGCCUACUUCUGGAGGACGCCUCGAAAUGUACCGCUGAUGUUGAUCCCAUUACGCCUAAUGGUACUACCACUAGUAGCCCUUCAUUCAUAAGACGAUUGUUCCGAGUCAUGAGCACGCCCUCCCGUGCUGGGGAGAGAGAAGGUAUGAGCCAAGCUAAGCUGAAGAAGUCGUCGUCUAUGUGGGCGAGUUGCCUAGGAUCGCCGCAAGCACAACAUUAAUCAGUCUCUGGGUGUGUAGUCACUGCCCUUGUGUAAAGUAGCUAUAUGGUGUUUCGAUUGCAAUUGUAGGUCCUGUACGCACUUGAACGAAAUCUGCACUCCAUGUGUGUUAAUUGAAAUGUGUGUAGAUAUGUGUGAGCCAGGAGAAUAGGAAUGAUCUUGCUUAUGUAAUUCAAUUGCGAGCUGAGCAGACUCAACAGACAAAUCUAGACUUGUGAAUGUUCGGUUGUUUAGAUAAUUUCACUGAUUAUUAUUAGUUCACGUGUUGAAUGUC